UCUCCUCCCCACUCCAAUAAGACUUACAUAUACAAGGAAGCUAAAGUUCUGUAAAAUUUUAAGCUCUUCUGAGAAUUGAAGCGAUGGCGAAAGAAGCGAAGAGGAAGUGUGAGCUGUGCGGGGAUGGAGCUAGGAUGUACUGCGACUCCGAUGAAGCGAGUCUGUGCUGGAGCUGCGACGAGAAGGUCCAUUCUGCGAAUUUCCUCGUAGCUAAGCACUCCAGAACUCUUCUCUGCCACGCGUGUUGCUCUCCCACGCCGUGGACCGCUUCCGGCGCCAAGCUCUGCCGCACCGUCUCCGUCUGCCCCGCCUGCCUCGACCAGAUUAAUCAUGCUCAGCUGCGCCGGGACGAGGGAGAGAGUAAUCGUGAAAUGGGGAGUGAUGUUCAUCAAGAUUUCAUUGAUUCGGGAAGUGAUUAUGAUAGUGGAUAUAGUAGUGAUGAAUAUGAGGAGGAGGAAGGCGAUGAGAAUCAGGUAGUGCCUUGGUCCGCUAGUUCGUCCCCGUCCUCGUCACCGCCUCCUGGACCGAGUUCGUCUGGCGGCGACGAGGGCUCUUUCUCCUCCCGAGACGGCGGCGGUGAAGCCUUUUCUUCUACAUUGAGAAGGAGGUUGAGAGACGACCUGGAUGAUCAAGUAGUAACUUCGUCGUCACUGCUUGAUUGAUUGUUAGUUCCACUUUUCAUCACUAAUCCUAAACCGAACAUAGGAAUUUGUAGGAAUAUGCAGUUCUGUUUUUUAUAAAUCUCUGUCUUAUGAGUCCAGAUUGUACGUGUUCCGUAAUAUUCAAUCCAGCUAAUUCUUGAUGUUACUGUGUUUGGCUUGUUUUGUUAUUCA